CGACAAAUUGCUCCCAUAUUAUAAAAUAUGCCUGUGUUCCCUCCACUCUAUAUACUCGGCAGACUGUUCCUAAUGAUCUUAGUUUGUUUCCGGCGAUGUGAUUAAAACCACAUGUGGGUACACGUAUGCUAAAGCACAGCUUGACUGCCUUAAAGGGUGGAGAGUAAAAAGAAAUCGAGAGAAAUAAUCCCAUUUCUUGAAAAAAAAUACUAUUUUUCUGCUCGUGCUUGAGGGGGAUUUAUUCCAGAGAGCCUCAGUGGUUAGUAAUGGUGACUAGAAGACUUCUGGGGCACGUCCUUAUCUUCAUCUGUCUGACACCCACAACUGGAGCCCCGUCCAUCGAAAAUAUUGAGGAGGAGUCCUCCACCCAGGACAGAUGCGUCCGGUGUUGUAAUCCGCAUGAAUACCCCAUGCAUCCGACGACAACACCCAACCCAGUGCCAGGCCAGCACCACAGCGGAUAUUAUCCACCAUAUCCUAUGCCUCACAUCCAUCCGCACAUCAAUAUCACCAUUCUCAAAGGGGACAAAGGUGAAAAGGGUGAACGGGGGCCCCAUGGGAAACAUGGCAAGGAAGGCCCGAUAGGAAUCCAAGGCCCAAUGGGGCAUAAAGGAGAGCGGGGGCUGGCAGGAAUCCCUGGUGACUCCUACAAGCAACACUACUCGGCCUUCUCUGUAGGCCGCAAGAAAGGAUUGCACAGCAGUGACUACUACCAAACCUUGCUCUUUGACACGACCUUUGUGAACCUCUACGGCCACUUCAACAUGUUCAAGGGCAAGUUCUACUGCUACGUCCCCGGAAUUUACUACUUCAAUCUCAACAUCCACACGUGGAACUUUAAGGAGACCUACCUUCACAUCAUGAAGAACGACCAGGACAUGGUCAUCUGUUACGCGCAGCCCAGUGACCGUAGCAUCAUGCAGAGCCAGAGCAUCAUGCUGGAGCUGCAGGAGAACGAUGAGGUUUGGGUGCGCCUUUACAAGCGGGAGCGGGAAAACGCCGUCUACAGUGACGAUGUCGACAUUUACGUCACCUUCAAUGGCUAUUUGAUAAAACCCAACCUGGACUGAGACACCCCUUCAUUUCUUCCUUUCUCUUUCUCUUUCGCGCUCUCUGUCUGUGGGGAAAUAUUGCCCAUCAAAGAGAAGACCGUUAAGUUAUAAAUGGGACCAUCUCCUCAGCUAGGAGGAGAAAGUGAGGACUG